AAAAGGGAAAUACAUUUUCGGCAAAACAAAACAAUUUUUCUGGUGUGCAAAUCAUCGAAAGAUCCGUUAAGAUCAUUUAAAAAGUGCAAAAAAAAUUGUGCUCGGAAAUUUCAAUACGAUAGAAAAAACGCCAAAUUAUUAUGUGAGAUGCUCAUUUUUUGCUAUGACAAAAUAAAUAUGUGACGAAAAAUCGAAUGAUAAGAAAGUGUGAAAGGGAUAUCGAAAACGAAAAAAUUGUGGUAGCCGGAUUUUCUGGAAAUUAAACUCAUUUGCGGAUGAAUUUAAAGUGAAAUGUUUACUAUUGUUGGAUUGAUCGAUUUUUUUGCGGAUCAUAAACAUAUGGCUCCCGAAUUAAGAUAAACCCGUGAUUGAAUAUCUAAAAUUGAGUAAAGGAAAUUGGAGAAAUUAGAGAGAGAAAAAAAUGAUCGCCGUUGUGACAAAAACAUUCACCGAAACGAUUGUGUGAAAAUUCUUGUUUUCUUAUUCGAUUUUUUUUUUCUCAUUUGAAUUGUGAACACGGAAAUUACAUCUUAGAGACUGUGAUGAAUGUUACCGACGUGAUGAACAGCGAGCAAAUCCGAUUUGCAAUAGAUAUUUUGGACACAUUAAACAUCACUAAUUGACUACCAAAUCGAAAAAAGUGACCGCGAAAAUAAGAGAUAUUUAUUGUACCGAAUACACUUUGUGAUCUUGAAAAAAAAAAUUAUACAUAUAUACAACAAACACACAUACAUCUAUGUGUAGUUUUAAAUGAUUUUUAUCAGUUAUAUGUGAUUUACUGUCAAUGAAAAAGCUGUGCAAUUUCCAAAACAUUCCGAAUUCUUUCUCUAUAAACACUGAACAUUUUCUUUGGAUACAUACAAUAUGAAAAGAUAUCUAAAUUACCGCAAGCGAUAAACAUUUAAAAAUCAUUUGUACGCCAGUUUAACCACCAACACAUAAAAUAUAAACGAGUGAAGCGAACGAGAGAAGAACAAAUAAGCACACAUAUUCGAAAGUGUGUAUGGUGUCAUCCGUGCAUUUGUUGAUAAAAAAAGCCAACGAGCAUAAACAACAACAGCAACAACAAUCGUAUCGUAUAAUAAAGCCGGCAAAAGUCAAAUGUAAAUGUCGAUGCAUCUUUGAUGAAAAAAGAGGGAGAACGAGAGAUUUUGGAGUUGAAACUAAGAGAAAGGAAACGGGAAUAAAUUGUGUGUGAAAAGCGAAGGUAUUUUUUACAAUAACAAACAAAACCAUUCAAAAAAUUAAUGCAAAUAAAGUGUUUUGCGAGUGCGUGAAACAACACAGUCGAUGUAAAAUAGUGUACAAAAAAGUGCAAGCGAACACAAAAAAAAACACAAUCGAAUGAUAAAUUGUAGUGAAGACGAAAAAAAAACAGUGUGCUAUUGUAGAAAAGGACAAAACAAUUAAGAAGUCAAGCUAGAACCUUGAAAAAUAGCGGGAAAAAGAAUUGAACGGCACAAAUUAUCACAAAGACGAAACGAAAUCAAAAACAGUGUAAAAAAUAGAAAGAGAGAAAGAGAAAGAGUAGAGUGGGAAAGUGAAGAGACAUUUUAGUGGAUGAUAGAAGAUUACGAAUAAUGACAGAACAGGAACAUUACAGUUUGCGGUGGAAUAAUCACCAACAUCAUAUAUUGCGUGCAUUUGAUGCUUUGUUACAAACAAAAUCAUUGGUCGAUGUGACAUUGGUGUGUGCCGAAACAAGUAUAUGCGCUCACAAAGUCGUUUUGUCUGCCUGUUCACCAUUUUUUCAAAAUGUUUUUGCCGAAAAUCCGUGCAAGCAUCCUGUGAUCGUUCUUAAAGAUUUUCCCGGUUGGGUGGUUCAGGCCGUUGUUGAUUUUAUGUAUCGCGGUGAAAUCAGUGUGCCGCAAAAACGUUUAGAAACAUUAAUUCAAGUGGGUGAAUCGUUGCAAAUUCGUGGUCUAGUCGAGCAUCGUGUUGCUGCUACAAAAGAUUUAUCUGGUUCAUUGAAUGAAUCGACCGAUGAUUAUUUGGAACCGCAACUAUCAAACGAUUCCAUUGAACCAAAUAAUUAUGAUGAUGAUGAUGCCACACCGACUAUGGUAAAAUCGGUAUCGCUUUCAACAAAUGCACAAAAUGGUAAAAAGCAUCCGCGUCUAUUGAAUUCGAAUUCAUUUAAUGACAUUUCGGCUGCUUCAAUUGCAAACACAACAAUAACACAAACAAGCCCAACGCUACCGAUAAACAACAACAACAACAGUAACAGUAACUGUAGCAGCAACAGUAUUAGCAACAAUAACAAUCAUCAAAUUCAUCAUCAGAAUCAGGCAAACGAAAACCGUGAUAUAGCUUGUACAUCACCAAUGCCACGACGAAAACAGGCACGUCCACGUCGUCGUUCUGGAGAAGGUGGUCCACAUGAUUAUUCAAGUAAAUCGACAUCACCAGUAGCAAUAUGCGCUCCCGACGACGAUGACGACGACAACAAUCCAACUGAAACGGAAACCAACAAAGAACGCAUCGAAAAUAAUAGCAACAGUCACAGCCACAUCAACAACAUCACCAAUACAAACACUAUCAGCAGCAGUAGUAGUUGCAAUGUCAACGAACAAAGGAAACAAUUGGUCAACAAAUGCAUUGAAUCGAUGACGGGCACGAAUCUAGACACAGACAAAGUGGUCGAUUGUACAGUGGCCGCCAUUGAGCAAUCCAUCAUUCGCGACAAAUUGAAUGCGAACGACGACGAUAUGACGGAUAAUGAGAUGGAUGACGAUGACGAUGAAGAUAAUGAUGCGACGGUACAUGAUAUGCGCGUCGUUGAUGACAUAGAACCAGAGGAUGAUCUCGAUGAAGGUGACGAUGAACAUGAUGAAAAAUUAUCGUUGGAAGGUCGUAAAUUGAGAAAGCGAACACAUCAAUUCUUUUGCGAAGAUGAUGGUGAUUCGAGUGCGCCCGAUGAUCAUGAUGAUGAUAUGGACGAUGCCGAUGGACCCGAAAAUUUAUGCAUCAAAAACACCAGAGAUUCAAAUACCGAAGGUGUUAGCAAUAACAACAACAACAAGGACAACAACUCUAGUAGUAAUAGCAACAGCAAUAAUAACAAUCGAAUAGGAUUAGCGCUCAAGGAUAUUCGACAUUUGAAUCGGCCACCAUCGCAUUGUCGACAACAAUUGUUCCCCGGAUUUCCGGUCCAUCAUCACAAUCAGAAAGGUGAACAUUUGGCAGCACAGUCGCGACAGGAACAAUUGCACAAACAUGAUCAACAACGUCAUUCGCAAUUGCAACAGGCGGCUGCGGCGGCGGUUGCAGCCGAAAAAGCCUUUAUGGAAUCACAAUCGGAAAAUAUGAAACGUGAAGCACUUGAAUCACGACUUGAAAAUGAAAGUGCAUACAUGGAUCAAAUGGAUUUAACAUUGGUUGCUGCUGCGGCCGCUGCAGCUCAUCAUCAUCAUAAUGCAGCCAGUAUGCAUCAUCCGAAUUCACGGCAUCAUGAAUUGGAAAAUAAUUUGCAUAAAGAAUUUACACCGAGCUCACCGAUGAGUCUGCAAUCACAUUUCAAUCCACGUGAGGGUCCACCGCAUCCUCCGUCACCAUUGCAAUUUCCUGGUAUGUCAUCAGCAUUGACAUUAACGCCACCGCAUCACAUGUUUGGUUUAGAUUCACCGUUAUCACUUUUUCCACCCGGCAUGGAUCCUGGCAAACUAUACAACCCGCUAAUGGAAAUGCCCGAUCCAAGAUCGAUGCAUCCACAUCCACAUGGUCCAUACUUGAAAAAGAAAAACAAGCUGAGCCGACCCAAAGGUCAACAUUCAGCGCCACGCGGUGGACCGCCACGUUCAUGGACAAAUGCUGAAUUGACCGAAGCAUUGCAUCACGUGUGGAAUAAGAAAAUGACCACGAGCCAAGCAUCGCGACUCUUUGGCAUACCGUACAAUUCAUUAUUGAUGUAUGUACGUGGUAAAUAUGGUAAAAGUUUGAAUUUGGAACAAUUACGGAAGGGCUGCAUCAGUGGUCCACCAAUUGAAUUGCUGACAAUGGGUCUUGGUGCGCACACAAAUAACAACGGUGCACCGUCAAAGAGUGGCCUCAGCUCAAGCCGAUCUAGUAAAGAGCUUAAAGAUUUGGAUGAAAAUCAAGGUGGUCGAGCAAGUGGUUCAAGUUCAAUGAAACGUAGCACACCAUCCGAACCUGAUUUAUUACCAAAUCCAAAUGCCAUGUUCAAUCCAUUUUCGCCUGGAUUUUAUCCUGACUUUGCGGCCGGCUUUCCAGGAUUACCGCUCAGCAUGUUGAAUUUAUUGCCACCAGAACGGCAUCCACCUUCGUUACACGGCAUGCAAAUCGACGAAGAUUGUAAAAGUGAUCGCUCAAAACAAUCGCUAGAAGAUGACUAUCCCAUACCACAACCAUUAGCGCUGAAUCGAGACGACAGGCGCGAGCUCAUACAGCAAAAUGGACAAGAUUAAAAACACUUGAAAUAGUUUUAACAAAAAACUUAGAUCGUAUUGAAGUGAACAACCACACGUUUAAUGUAGUUGAAGAAUUUGCGAUAUGAUGCAAUGUGCAUAUAAAUCACCAUCUUAGACCGAUGGCAUUUAAUUUUUUUUGCAUUUGCAUUUUAUACAAUUCAUUUUCACUUUUUAAACUUUUCUAAAACGAAAAACAAAAGCGAAACCUUUUGAGCAAAAUACACAACCACAAUUUUCUUUUUGUAAAUUCAAACUAAUUUACAAUACAAAUGUCACCAGAUGAACAAAUUAUAAAAACAAAAAAAAAAACCUAAUCACACGAUGAACAACCAAACGCUAUAAUAUUUAAGUGAACAAGAUAACAACAACAAUUUUUUUUUAAUUUAUAAACAAAGAAAACUAAAAAUUAACAAAAAAAAAAAAUGAACAAACACAAGAAAAAUAAGAAUUACUUAUAGGCUAAUGCAUAGUUAUAUACAUACAAUUAGUAUAUGUAUUUAGGCAAUAAGUAAGAGGUGUGUGGAAUUAAUUUAUCCAUAUAUAGGCAAUUCGUAGCUUAAACCAAUUUCAAAUUUAAAAAAGAAAGGAAAAAAACCGCUCAAGGAACAAACACCGUGUACAUUCCAAAAAACAAUAAUGAAAAUGUGUGGAAUGUGCUGUUCUUGUUUCGAACUUAUGUGAAAUGCUGGAGAGGUUUAAUAAACAUUUGUAACUCAAUUAAGGAUAAAUAUAUAUUUUUUGUUGUGGCUGAGGAAAAGUGGGGUUUACGACGCACAAGUUAUACUGAUUUGUAAAAAAAACACAACAGUAUUUAUUCCCCACAAAAUAUUUUUCACAAAAUACACGCAAAAUCUUCAAAUUA